GGGUUGCAAAGGUGUGACCGCACAUUGUGGACUGCAUCAGACAAGGAGGACUGAGAUUUAAAGGACCUUAUUUUUUUCCUUUUGACCACUGCAGGAUUUAAGUUCCAUGAUUGAGAGACAAUCUGAGACAACAUGAUACGCUUCUUGUUGCUGUUUAGCAAGCAGGGAAGGCUGCGCCUGCAGAAGUGGUUCACGCCUCUGACGGACCGGGAAAAGAAGAAGGUUAUCAGGGACAUGAUGGCGAUUGUGUUGGCCCGUCUACCACGUUCAUGCAACUUCCUCCAAUGGAGGGACCUCAAGAUUGUCUACAAAAGAUAUGCCAGCCUUUAUUUCUGUGCUGGUCUAGAAGAACAAGAUAAUGAGCUGCUGAGCCUGGAAGUUCUACACAGAUAUGUCGAGCUGCUGGAUAAAUACUUUGGCAACGUAUGUGAGCUGGACAUUAUUUUCAACUUUGAAAAGGCCUAUUACAUCCUGGACGAGUUCCUGAUGGGAGGAGAAGUGUUAGAAACCUCCAGAGUGGCUGUGGGUGUCUCGCUGGAGGAGGCCGACGCGCUUCAGGAGCAGACAAUGGAGGAAUACAUGAGCAGACCAUCUUACUGAGGCCGAAGAAGAGGGAAGUCUCCCAGGACAUGAAUCAAAACGGGCCUCACGGUACCAUCACCUAUAUUACUGAUGUAAAUCAGUGGUGCCCGCUUGAGUCGAUGUCGACAUACAUGCUCGACCCGAAUCGGCGACAUACAAAGUGUUUGAAAAAAAAAAAGGUACUUACUGUUCAGUGUAAAUUAAGCUUCAAAAUAAAAGCAUGCCAGUCAACCUGGAUUGUACCACAG